GUGAUGGGGCAGAACGAAGAGAGACUGAGAGAGAGAGAGAUGGGUAGUGUGUUAGUGACUGGAAAGGGUGAUGGGAUUUAGUAGUGACCAACGGUGGAUUGACAAAUGCUUUUUCUUGGAGGGACCUUCAUUACCACCAUUACUACCUUCCUAAUUUACUUCUCCGUUCUCUGCAUGUCUGUGUCUUUUUGCCCCCUCGGGAUGUCUCUGCUCUCAGGUCAGGGUGUUUAACCGUAUGGCUGAUUGAGUGGACGUCUCACCAGAAGUGGACGUCUCACCAUGGCGUUGGGUGCGGUGUGGAGCCGCGUUAAAAAUGUGUGCAAACAGAACGGCCUCCUCAUCUUGUCAGUAUUGGCCGUGGUUAUUGGAUGCUUGCUGGGCUUCUUUUUGCGCUCCAAACACCUCUCUGAGCAGGAGGUGAAGUACUUCCAGUUCCCGGGUGAGUUGCUGAUGCGGAUGUUGAAGAUGCUCAUCCUGCCUCUAGUGGUCUCCAGUUUGAUGUCUGGUUUGGCAGCACUGGAUGCAAAGUGCUCUAGUCGACUGGGAAUCAUGACAAUUUCUUAUUAUCUGUGGACGACGUUUGUAGCUGUGGUGGUGGGCAUCGUCAUGGUCAUCAUCAUCCACCCGGGGGGCGCUGCCCAGAAGGAGGAUUCAGAGGACAGCGGGAAGCCCAUCAUGAGCUCAGCUGAUGCUCUACUUGACCUUAUCCGCAACAUGUUCCCAGCCAACCUUGUCCAAGCAACUUUUCAGCAAUAUCGCACAAAGAGCAUCCCUAUCAUGAAGUCCAAACCCACCAUUGGUCAGGACGUACUAGACUCCAGCACCAGACGGGUCUUCAUUUAUGGGAUCCAGGAUGACAAUGGCACAGACAUCCAGAGCUUCUCCCUUGACCUGACGCCACCUCCGGAUGUGGUCUUCAGAACGCUUCCUGGCACCAGUGAGGGCAUGAACGUCCUCGGUAUCGUGAUCUUCUCAGCUACCAUGGGAAUCAUGCUUGGAAGAAUGGGACCAAAUGGCAGCGCUCUUGUCAACUUCUGCCAGAGUCUGAAUGAAGCUGUGCUGAAAAUUGUGGCCAUUGUUAUAUGGUACUUCCCGUUUGGAAUUGUGUUUCUGGUGGCUGGAAAGAUCUUGGAAAUGGAUGACCCUUCAGCUAUGGGAAAAAAACUGGGCUUCUACGCUAUCACUGUGGUCUUGGGGCUGGUGCUUCACGGCCUGUUCAUUCUGCCUUCCAUGUAUUUCUUCAUUACAAAAAAGAGCCCCAUCGUCUACAUCCGAGGGAUUUUACAGGCCCUGCUCAUCUCAUUAGCUACUGCUUCCAGCUCUGCCACGCUGCCUAUCACAUUUAAGUGCCUCCUGGAGAACAACCACAUCGACCGCCGCAUCAUUCGCUUCGUACUUCCUGUUGGCGCCACUAUCAACAUGGACGGCACUGCCCUAUAUGAGGCCGUGGCAGCCAUCUUUAUAGCUCAAGUCAACAACUACGAGCUAGACUUUGGACAGAUCAUCACAAUCAGCAUCACAGCUACAGCAGCCAGUAUCGGUGCUGCUGGCAUUCCGCAGGCUGGCCUGGUAACCAUGGUGAUAGUGUUGACCUCAGUGGGACUUCCUACAGAUGACAUCACUCUAAUUAUUGCUGUGGAUUGGGCCCUGGAUCGGUUCAGGACGAUGGUGAAUGUGAUGGGUGAUGCUCUGGCCACAGGAAUCAUGGCACACAUAUGCAGAAAAGACUUUGUGAAGGAGGGCGAGGAGAUUCCUCUCAUUUGUGAGACCAAGCCCAUGAUCAGCCUCCAGCAGAUGAUGUCCUAUCAGAAAAACGGCUGCUUCCAGCCCCCUCCCCCAGGUCCCAUGAGGAAACCCGAGCACCUGUCGCCCGAUGUGACCCGUCUCAGGCAGCUGGAGGAGGGCAUCAGGCCCCCUGACAAGACCAAGUCCCCUCAUCUGUCUCCACACCAUUACAAACAAGACUAUAAAGACAAAGACCACUGUACCAUUGACAUGAACGGUCUGGAGACCAAUGUCUAGACUCCUUCACAGACCAAGAGUCGUUCUCUUUCUCUGCUUUGGAUUUUGAAUGCAUGUGAAUGUGUUUGUAGGGAAUUUUUUACGAUGGGAAGCUGAAGCGAUCGGGGCCGGUGAAUUUUCCGAACGCUGUUGACCCCUGGUUGGCUGAGCUCCUCGCUGAAGUGUUUGCGGAAAGAUUGCUGUUGUCAUUGUGUCUUUUCCCUGUGAUCUGUAGGAGAGAAGAACAACCAUCUUCAUGGACAGCUUGUCUGUGGAAUAGGUGUUGUUUUAUUUUGGUAUGUUGUUCUCUCUUUCAGUAACAGAGAGAAAAAACGGAAGGAAACUGUUACCAACCCCAAAUGUUUGGAUGGUAUAGUUUGUAUAUUAACAUCUAAUAACAUCAAAUAACAAUUAAAUAUCAAUGAUUUGCUCUUAUGAAAAUAGUUUCCAGACCUGUAACUCUUCAGGACAGUGGUUUCUAGUGUUUAAAAGAUGUCUGGUCAACCUGAACCCAAACUGUUGUGAAAUUAGUCAGAAGUGGGCUUUAUGGACUCGCACUUCAUGCCACACACUCUCAAAGCCUUACAGAACUUGUAUGGAUUGUUUUUAUGAAAAAUGUCAAAUGUAAUAAUUGUGAUUUGAAUGAAGUUCCAUUCAAUCAUGACUCACUCUGUACACCUUAUUUCACAUUGUUCGAGGUUUGUGUAGAUCCAU